CGGACUCGCCCCCAGCCACCCCUAGUCUCUCGCGAGAUCAGGGAUCUAUAAAAGCGGUGCUGGGCGCGCCACCCUCGCCUUCUCCAGCUCUUCUUCACGUGUUGGUGUCCCUUCUUUGCGUGUCUGCGGAGCGCAGCUGUUGCAGUCGACAUGGCUUCGGGAAAUGCCAAGAUUGGGUUCCCAGCCCCCAAUUUCCAUGCUACAGCUGUUAUGCCAGAUCAGCAGUUCAAAGACAUCAGCCUGUCCGACUACAAAGGAAAAUAUGUUGUCUUGUUCUUUUACCCCUUGGACUUCACCUUUGUGUGCCCCACGGAGAUUAUUGCAUUCAGUGAUCGAGCUGAAGAAUUUAAGAAACUCAACUGCCAAGUGAUUGGUGCAUCAGUGGACUCGCACUUCUGUCACCUUGCCUGGGUCAACACUGUCAAGAAGAAUGGUGGACUGGGAGCCGUGAACAUCCCAUUGAUGUCUGACCCCAAACACACCAUUUGUCAAGAUUAUGGGGUCUUGAAGGCAGAUGAGGGAAUCUCAUUCAGGGGUCUCUUCAUCAUUGAUGAUAAAGGCAUCCUUCGCCAGAUCACUAUCAAUGACCUUCCUGUGGGCCGCUCUGUAGAUGAAGCACUGCGGCUUGUCCAAGCCUUCCAGUUCACAGACAAGUAUGGUGAAGUGUGCCCGGCUGGCUGGAGACCUGGGAGUGACACGAUCAAGCCUGAUGUCCAGGGGAGCAAAGAAUAUUUCUCCAAACAGCACUGAGUUGCUCUCUGCAGCCAAGGCUGUUCCACCCCAGGGGGCCUGGGGCUUCAUGUCUCUGCUGUCUGCAGAUCCAGAACACACAUGCUUGAUCUUCCCCAAGCUUUCAACUGGAAGGCCUUCAUAGAGGGAGCCCAGAGGGCUAGCUGGGCACCUCCUCCUGAGGCCUCAUUCCUCUCCCUCAGGGCAGCAGGCUGAGCCUGCCUUAGGCCUGCUGGCUGCCCCCCUCUUAACGACCAAGUGCUGUGUUAACCAUGUUUGUACUAGUCAGCCCUUUGGGCUCCAGCCCUUCUGAUGUUUUGUAGCCUAUUAAACUUGUCUAAGAAA